AUGUCGCGGGAAGGGAAGCUGCACACCAGGCACGUGGCCUCCCUGGCCUUUGCGAUGACCUGCGCGGGGCCCUUCGGCGUCGAGGCAGCCGUGCGCUGCUUUGGUGCCCCGGCCUUCUUCCUGGGCUUGUUCGUGACCAUGCUAGGCUACGUGCUACCGCAGAUCUUCAUGACUUGCGAGCUCUCGAUGAUGCCACCUUUGAGCAACAGAGGUGUAGUCACCUGGAUCUCCCGCGCCUUUGGCGGCAAAGCGGGCGAGUGUAUCGGGCUGAACAUGCUCCUGUAUCAAAUCGUUGACCUUGCGACUUACACCACGGUGAUUGUGGGCUAUGCCGAAUCGGCUGGAUACGAGGUUCAUUCCGGUCUACCUGCCAUCGCGCCCCUGCUGGCUAUAUCUGUGGGGUUGUGCGUGAACCUGCUGGCGGUUGAGAUGGCAGCAGAGGUCUUCAUGGGCGUGCUAGCCCUUGUACUGCUGCCUUUCUUGCUGGGCCUCCGCUGGUCGGUUCCUAGUCUCCUGGGCACCAAUUUUUGGUCCGGCGCGACGGUGACACAGCCUUCGAAGGACUGGAACCUCUUUUUCUCCUCCCUGAUUUGGCUGAACACUGGCUGGGAUUCCUUUGGGAAUUUGGCUGAGGAGGUGGCUGGGCCCAGGCAGCUUUUGCAGGGGCUACUUUGGGCGGCCUUGGCCGCCUUCAUCGUCUACCUGCUUUGCACUUGGCAGGCGCUUGGAGCGGAGGGCUCCUGGCAAGACGGUUACCUGGCAAUCGCCUACCGGCGGUUUUGGCAGCCGUUGGGGAUUUGGGUUUGCAUCUCUGCAGCCUUGGCCAACACCCUACUCUACACCUCUGAACUGGCUGUGGUGGCUCGCUUUUUGCAAUCCCUAGGAGAUAGCUCAGAGGCAAUGCCGCAGCUUUUACCCAGCUGCUUUCGGAGAGAACUAUCCACAGGAGCUCCCAUUGUAGCGCUGCUGGUCACCACUGCGCUGCAGCUUUGCUUGCUGCUUUUGACCUUUGUCUUGGGCGGCUGGAGUCCCGGACCCUUGGAUGUGCUGCGCGCGCGGAUGGAGCGCGUGGACUUCCAGGAGGUGAACAUUCCAAUGCCACCCAGUGGCUGCAGAUGGUGCUUGAAUCCAUUCUGCCCGCUCUUGCUCUUAGUGGUCUUCUGGCUGCUGCCGCUGGCCCUCACAAGCGAUGAGCUGGUCAACCAGGUGGAUGGUUCAAUCUCCUGGCUGGUGCGGCUGGUGGCCGUGCUGGCAAUCCCAGUCCUCCUUCGAUAUCUGGUGGCAGGCCUGGUGUGGUUUUCCAUCAAAGAUGGGCUCUGGAGCACCAGCCGCGCCCUCCGCGACUUCGAACCCGAUGCGGUGCUCGCCUUCUCAUGGGGUGGUGGCCUGGCCUUGUGGUUACUGGCCGAGCGCCGUUGGACCGGCCCCACACUGCUGCUGGCGCCCACUGUGAAUGCCAUGGCCUGUGUUUCGUGCCGUUCAAGUCCUAGGUUCCCGGCUCCUCGCUCCAGCGCGCCGGUGCAUGUCUUCCAUGCAGAACAGGACGGCUUUUGCCCAGCCUCACAAGUGGCGGCAUUGCGAGGGGCCGGGUGCGAGCUGCAUUUGUGUGACGACAAUCACGUGCUAUUGCGGAGACAAACAGUGGAAGAGAUCCACAGCUGCCUAAAACAGCUUCUGUCCUUGUCUUCCAGCUCAGGUGGCUCACCUAUCGGAGCUGACGAUGACAGCGAGUGA